AUGGAGAAAACGACCGACGCGAUGGGUUUUGGCAAGCGAUUAAAGAUGAUUUCAACGGUCGCUUCCUUGGUGACGACGAAGGGCAAGAUGAUGGAUUCAUGUGGACCUUCCUGUCAGUGGAGGAUUAGCUCGCCGCCGAAGGAGAGGUCGAUAGAAAUCGAGAUGAAGGGUCCGCGGGAGCCGCGUUUUGAGAGGCUGGAGCCGCCCGUGGCGCCGCCGCCGCGGGGGGAGGAACAAUGGCGGAGGAGGGGACUAAGGAGCUGCUCGCGGUCGUGGAGAAGGAGGACUGCGCCAAUCCUCUCGCAACCCUAG